GUGGGGCCAUGCGCAAAUCGUUGGCGAUGGACCGCCCAAGGUUUCGUGCUGAUAAGUGAUUUAUGGACAUGGCUUUCGCGUCUCUCUAGAGCUGUCUUCUCCUUUCCUGCUUUCUGCUUUCUGCUUCUCAGUGUUUCUUCGUCCAUUCAUAAAAGGCUUUUUCAAUAAAUCACCGCUCGUUACAGUUUUUUUCGUAUUGAUGCGAGAAUGGCUCAACUUGGCCUGUUGUUAGCGACCUCCCUCCUUGUAACUCUCGCUUCUGCUGUAGAAUUCAUCACUGUGUCUGGUGGCAAUUUCAUCACAAACUCCACCGGCAAGCGAUUCUCUAUUAUUGGUGUUGAUUAUCAGCCAGGCGGCUCCUCCGGAUUUUCUACCACUGCGGAUCCACUCAGUGAUGCUACGACAUGUCUGCGAGAUGCUAUCAUGAUGCAGCAGCUUGGUGUCAACACCAUCCGAGUCUACAAUGUCGAUGCCAAUCUUGACCAUUCCGAAUGCGCGUCUAUCUUUAAUGCUGCAGGCAUCUACAUGAUCAUUGAUGUCAACUCCGGAUUGUAUGGAACGUACAUCGAUCGCACCGACCCGGCAUCUACCUACACUCUUCAAUAUCUUGAGCAUGUCUUCGGUGUCAUGGAAAAUUUUGCUCCAUUUCCCAACACGCUUGGCUUCUUCGCCGGAAACGAAAUCCUCAACCAAAACUCUUCAUAUGAAGCACCCAUGUACAUUCGCGCCGUGGUUCGUGAUAUGAAGGACUAUGCUAGUCACAAUCUCGGCCGAUCAAUUGGCGUUGGUUAUUCAGCAGCUGACGUGGACACGAUGCUGUCGGAUACUUGGAACUACUUGGGUUGCGACUUGGCGAAUAGCUCAACGUCAAACAUCGAUUUCUUCGGUUUGAACGACUAUGAAUGGUGCGGUGACUCUUCAUUCACACAGUCUGGUUACAACAAACUCGUGGAACUGUUCAGCGGAACAUCCAUACCUGUUUUCUUCUCCGAAUAUGGAUGCAACCAAGUUGAGCCACGUACAUUCACCAAUGUUCCAGUCCUUUACGGUAGUGAAAUGUCAGUUCUUUCAGGUGGCUUGGUCUAUGAGUAUUCCGAAGAAGGCAACAACUACGGUCUUGUCGACAUCAACUCAACGAGCGAGUUGACUGUGAUUGUGGACUACAACUACCUACAGGAAGAGCUUUCGCAGCUUGACAUUAAGUCUCUACAGUCGAUCAACUCAUCAGCAACUGCGGCUGCUGCCACGUCAUGCGCCCCUUCCCUCAUCACUGAAACUAACUUCUUGAAUGCUUGGGACCUUCCGACACCCCCGUCUGGCGCUGCAGCUAUGAUCACCAGCGGUGUUUCCACUGGCUUUGUCAAAGGAUCAGUUGUCGCUGUCACCGAGACGACUAUGCCGGCCACAGUCGUCAAUAAUACAGGCUCUACCAUUACGGGUCUCAGUCUGGUGCAGCUGAUGUGUACUGACAGCAACUACCCAGGUUUGAUCAAGGAUUACACCUCAACAAGCGUUUCUUGCAAUUACGCUACACCUGGACCAAGUGCAUCAGCCACAAAGAAGAGCGCUGCUGACAAACUGGAUGUUCGGGCUACAAGUGUGAUGCUGGCUGCGCUAGUGAUGCUUCUGACUUUGCUAUAGAUGUACUGUUAAUUGGAGUUCAUGGUGCAGGAGCUGGGGGAUCCUUACUGCUUCAGCACAAAAUUAGAAACAUUUUAUAAUUGCAAAAUGAUUUCCGGUCACAGUUUUGGCAGGAACAGGC